AGUACAAAUACGUGGAAUAUUUACUUAAGUACAGUAACGAAGUAUUUGUACUUCGUUACAUUCCACCACUGUUCCUCGCACAAUAACUGGUCUGCCGCUGUGCCGAGCAAAGUUCAGCACAAGUGGCAUUUUGACUCUCUUCCGUGUGCCGCGGCGUACUGUAAAUCAUAGGUCUUUUGCACUGAGCCCGGCGGCAAGCACAACUAAGGUCUUGUCACGCAGGCCACAUGCAUUGUGAAGUCCUUUAGAGAGAGAGAGAGAUAAAAAAAAAGAGAGAGAGGGAUGGGUGUGUGCAUGUGUGUAAGAGAAAGAGAGAGAGAGUAUGCAUGAAUGCAAGCUGAUAUCAGCAAGUUGCAGCAAGUGCAUAUGUAAACUGCAUUCUGUAAAAUGCUUUCUGCAAUCUAAGCAUUACUCCAAAACCAAGAGGGACACCUACAGGGGAUGUAGCGUCACCUUUUUUUUAGAUGCAACGACAUGAUAACCAAUGUGGUUUCUGAAACAACACAAAAAAAACAUACAACACUUAGCAAUGUAUUACAUGUUUGUUCUAUUGCUUCAGCACAAUUUUGAAAACAGGGUCUGUUUUUGCAUUAAUUCAAAUGGUGCAAGUUUGUGACAUUUUGUUGCAGGAAUUUACAUUUUGAAAAGGAUGGUUAGGUUUUGAUUACAGAGUUUCACUCAAGGCUUGAUGUAAUGUUGCUGAUGCAGGUGAUUAAAUCAAUAUAUGUACAGUACACAACACAGUAAACAGUGUGUUACUAUUGUGUGUGUGUGUGUGUGUGUGUGUGUGUGUGUGUGUGUGUGUGUGUGUGUGUGUUUGUUUGUGUGUGUGUGUGUGUGUGUGUGUGUGUGUGUGUGUGUGUGUGUAGUGAUUUCUGUUCAUUGGAUCACCGUCUCCAAUCACUGUCUUACUCCUGGCAAGCGUCUAUCUGUCUCAGAGCUCAAAGAUUCUUCUUUAUUUGCCGACCCUUGGAAGCCACUCACAAGCAGGCCACACACCCUCCACCAGCCAUGCUGCUGAGAUGGCAUGAAACAGGCAUACGAGGGGAGAUAUCCGUUUAGAAAACGCUGUGUAGCCUAGAUAUAAUCACAGAAACUGAAAGACAGCAUGGCAUUGUUUCAUAUUCAUUUCAUACCUAUUUCAUUACUGUCACACGUUUUCUGAGACCGGGGUAAGUUGCUCAACAGGGGUAAGAUGAGCUACCCCUUUUUUCUAGGGAACCGUAUACAAAUUGUAUCAUGUUGUAUGAUGUUUUAAGGAAGAUGGAUUCAUUCCUUACAAUCUGUGGAAAGAUACAGCACAUGGCAAGUGUGGUAAAAAAUAUAUGUGUAAAAAUCAUGAAUGUUACCUUACAGGCAACAACCAUUUUCUAAAUCUGUCUUGGCACAUUUUCUGUUGAAUCUAUUUGGCAAAUUCUCAGUUAAAUGUUGAUGGUUGUUACUGUUUAAAGAAAUUAAAUGAUUGGUUUAAGAAAAUAAAAAUGGUUUACCUGAAAUCUUUGUUUUGGACCAACUUACCCCACACCUGGGCUCAUCUUACCCCACAUAUGGGGUGAAUUGUGCCAGAAAACCAACUUUUUUGCAGAGAGCAUAUCUCUUUACCCUAAUAGGUUAUCAAAUAAUUGUUGGUUACACAUUAGAAUGAUGAAGAAUGUAAAAAAUGACUAAUCUUACCCCUAUUCUCCCCUAUGGUGUAGACACGGGAUGCAGGGGGUUUUUAACGUGUUCACAUUAAUAAAAAAUAACAGUAGAGUAAUGAAAAAAGUAAUAAUAGUGCCUUGUUGAAGUGGUUAGUGGACAGAAAAACACAUGCGCAGACAAAAUUUACCCAACCUGCCUGGUAGCCAUGGCCAUGGUCAAUAGACAGUAUUGGUGAUCUCUUCCUAACCCAGACCCAGAUGUUAACGUGAGCUUAUGAGUCAGAAAAGCAUGCCGAUGACGUUGAUACAGCGGAGCCCCUGGAGUUUUCCCUGAAGGCAUUGAUUCCAGACACUGAUAUAUCAAGCUAAGACAUGUUUGGGGUUGGAACUUGGAACCAAACUGAUGGGAAAUAACCACAUUUCCAAAUGACGUGCUGGACUUAUGAAUCAUGUCAAACCAUGAACCAGGCUAAUCAGUUGGGUUCUUAGGACUAUUGAAGGACUCAUACAACACACUGUAAAAGUGUGUGAAUUAUAAAGACUCAACUUCACACUAUUAAUCUAUGUGUUGUGUGAAUGGCCACUCUCUGGUUGUUUGUGAAUCUGCACGUACUGUAGGGCAUCUACAGACUGGAUUGUGUUUACAUGUAACCAUCCAUGCACUGAUAUUCCCACACUUUCCUCCAUCUGUGUCUCCACUCUCCACUUUUAUAAUAUAUACAAGGGCUCACACACACAAACAUAUGGGCUCACACACACAGACUAAAAGAGCUGUUCCUUCCCCCUGUGAUGCAAGGCGAGCCUCAGAGGAGGUUUACCCUUAAAGUGCAUCACUCGAGAGACAGAGAAGUGACAGUGGCAGAGGGCAGUACAACAGGAACAACACACACUCACACACACUCUCACAGAAGGAAACGUAUGGUACCAUCACCAAGCUGUGUCUGGGGCCGACAUGAAGAUUGUGUUACUGGAUACCUGAAAAGUGCUCAACACAUCAGCCAUACUAUCUGUGUUUCUAGGCCUUGAAGAGAGAGUGAGAACGUGGGGGAGAGAUAGGGCCACGAUACUUCUGCUCUGAAGAGAAGUGGUGUCACAGGGAAGACUGCAGCUGUACGCCACUGUUACCUUCUUUUAAUUCAAAUACUACAGAGACUUUCACACAAGCGCAAACUUUCACCGGAAGCAAUCAACUUUGUAAGCAUUUGGGUGUGGUGUGGUGUGCUUGUAUGUGUGUGUGGUCAUUAUGGAGCUCAACACCUCCACCCCAACAGCCAAGUUCCACUGCAACCAUUCCUCACAGACUCUGGUGACCUCUGUGCUGCCCCCGGUGAUGAUCAUAGAGGUGGCGGUGGGCUUGCCUUGCAACCUGGUGGCUCUAUGGAUCUUCUGGUUCCGCAUGAUGGGCUGGCGAGCCAACGUCAUCUUCCUCUUCAACCUGGUGCUCGCCGACUUCCUGCUGCUGGUCAGCAUGCCCUUCCGCAUCAACUACCUGCUGUACAACGAGGAUUGGGGGUUCGGUGGAGCCGGAUGCCGCGCCAACCUCUUCAUGUUGGCGGUCAACCGCUCGGCCAGCAUCGGCUUCAUGACGGCCGUGGCGGCAGAUCGCUAUUUCAAGGUGGUCCACCCGCACCACCGGAUCAACCGGGCGAGCCCGCGGCAGGCCUGGGUGGUGGUGGCCCUGACCUGGAUGCUGGUGGUGGCCCUGCGGCUGCCCCUCCUGGCCACGAAGCUGGAGAAGGUGGGCAACGGCGGCCGCAUGCUCUGCCGCAGCUUCGACUCCUACGCCAAGCCGCCGCCGAGCAUCGUGCUGCACAACGCCGUCUUCACGCUGGAGUUCCUGCUGCCGCUGCUGCUCCUCAUCGUCUUCUCGGCGCGCAUCACCUGCAUCCUCCACCAGCGCAACAUGGACCGCGAGCGCAAGGUGCGCCGCGCCAUCCGCACCGUGGUGGUCAUUGUGGUGGUGUUCGUCGUCUGCUUCGGCCCCGGCGUGUUCACCGGCCUGCUGGCCGUCCUCUACAGCAAGGUCUGGCCCGAGGACUGCCACAGCUACCAGCUGGUCACCCAGCUCUUCAGCCUCUCCAUCGGCUUCACCUACCUGAACAGCACCUUGGACCCCGUCAUCUACUGCUUCUCCAGCUCCAUGUUCAGGAACGCGCUCAAGGGCUCCAUCAACCGGCUGGGCUUCGUCAAUCUGCAGCUCAGCCGAAGAGGCAGCAUGACCAGCGACAGCUAAUUGAAGUGGGGUGUCGUCAUAUCAUAUUAACAUUAUCAAAUGCUGAUGAACACCAUUGAUGCAGCCUUGUGCUAGUUUAUGCAUGUCUUCAGCUCUGUCCAUCUAUUGACAUUUACACAUGCAGAAUGAAUACACUGACAGAUGAAAAGGGUAUUACAACCCACCUCGGUACUUAUAUGAAGAAGUACAAAGGAACAGAGGAUUUAGGGAGCUGGAGGCUGCAGUAGUGGUAAGGACAGUUAUAGAAUGGAAUCCCUUCAGAACAUUGACCUUGAGCUUGUGACUGAAAUCCAUUUGAAGGCCGCUCAAAGUGUAGCAGAGACUAAUGUGCUUACAGUGUAUAUAUUGUGUGAACCUAUACCUUUCAGAAUGUCCCAGGACUAUACAAAGAUCUGGUUAUGUUAUAACUGUAACAUUGAUACAUAUUCAUUUGGAUUAGUAAAUAUCACAUAAACAGGGUAGGAAUUUCACGGCGGCCACGACGGCCAUGGCCAUGAAAUUCCUUGCGUUGGCCGUGAGGCC